CGUGUUCCCGGUAUCGGUGCGCUGGAUUCCGGUGUCCGCGCAUCCGCACUAGCCUCCCUCAAGGCGGACGGGCGGCCUCCGAAAGCCGUCCAGAUCUAUGGUCUCGCGAGCGGCUCCGGACGGGCGAUGCCAGCGUGCCAGGACUCCUGCAUGCUAGACAAGUGCACUACCACUAAGGGGUACUGGAUGUUGUGCAUGCUAGGCAAGUGCUUUCCCACUGGCCACACCAUCGAGCACCUCACUGUUCUCACUGUUGGGCAGCGUUCCAGAGCAGAGGAUAGUCCUUGUGCUUAGUGACUUCUGCUGUCCCAUGGGGCACGUGCUAGAAAAUGAUUAUCUCUGAGGGGAUCCCACCUCAGAGUGGCUCUAGGAACCUGUUCAUCACUGAAGGAAGUCAGGGCAGGAACUCAAACAGCAGGAACCUGGAGGCAGGAGCUGAUGCAGAGGCCAUGGAGGAUUGUGCCUGAUUUGAUUUCCUCAUUGGUUCAGUGACUGGUCAUGCUGCAGCUCCCUCUGUAUCAGAAGCUGUGCUGUGUUUUGGAGAGACAGCAGUGUGUGAGAGAAGCUGAGUCCUGUCGCUCUCACUGCUAGACAGUUGACAGGAGCCAUGUUUGAUCAGGACUAUGGGAAGGUCAACUCUGUUCUGGAGACCCUUGUAAGGAGAUGAGUUGUUGAGGAGAGGCCAGGAUGAAGUUGCUGCCAGGAGUGGGUGUGUUUGGGACUGGCAGCUCAGCCCGGGUCCUCGUCCCGCUGCUGAGGGCAGAGGGGUUCACUGUGGAGGCCCUGUGGGGGAAGACCGAGGAGGAAGCAAAGCAGCUGGCGGAGGAGAUGAACAUCGCCUUCUACACCAGCCGGACCGAUGACGUCUUGCUGCAUCAAGAUGUGGACCUGGUGUGCAUCAACAUCCCCCCUCCUCUCACCCGGCAGAUAUCCGUGAAGGCUCUAGGAAUCGGGAAGAACGUGGUCUGUGAAAAGGCAGCGACAUCAGUGGAUGCCUUCCGGAUGGUGACAGCGUCCCGCUACUACCCACAGCUGAUGAGCCUGGUGGGGAACGUGCUGCGCUUCUUGCCGGCUUUUGUGCGCAUGAAGCAACUGAUCGCAGAGCACUACGUCGGGGCAGUGAUGAUCUGCGAUGCUCGCGUCUACUCCGGGAGCCUGCUCAGCCCCAGCUAUGGCUGGAUUUGUGAUGAGCUUAUGGGUGGUGGGGGCCUGCACACCAUGGGUACCUAUAUUGUGGACCUGUUGACCCACUUGACUGGCCGGAAAGCUGAGAAGGUGCAUGGGUUACUCAAGACCUUUGUGAGACAGAAUGCCACCAUCCGAGGCAUCCGGCAUGUCACCAGUGAUGACUUCUGUUUUUUCCAGAUGCUCAUGGGUGGGGGGGUGUGCAGCACAGUGACACUCAACUUCAACAUGCCAGGUGCCUUUGUACAUGAAGUCAUGGUUGUGGGCUCAGCAGGACGCCUUGUUGCCCGGGGAGCCGACCUCUAUGGGCAGAAGAACUCUGCCACACAGGAGGAGCUGCUGGUGAGAGACUCACUGGCUGUGGGUGCAGGGCUCCCUGAGCAGGGUCUCCAGGAUGUCCCAUUGCUCUACUUGAAAGGUAUGGUCUACAUGGUGCAGGCCUUGCGCCAAUCCUUCCAGGGCCAGGGGGAUCGCCGUACUUGGGACCGCGCCCCUGUCUCUAUGGCUGCCUCUUUUGAGGACGGACUAUAUAUGCAGAGCGUGGUGGAUGCUAUUAAAAGGUCAAGCCGAUCUGGAGAAUGGGAGACUGUGGAAAUGCUGACGGAAGAGCCAGAUGCCAACCAGAACCUGUGUGAAGCACUUCAGAGGAACAACCUGUGAGCCUACACGUGACCUUCCUCCCGUGGGACAGAGGGACCAGGGAGGGGACCGGGAGUGGGAUUGGCUAUAGCAAAGACAGUGUCUUUUGUUUAAUAAAUCAGCUUGGGCCAGGGCUUGGAGCCCAUGAAGGUGACCCAGGAAAAGCCCAUCCAUCCGUCAUUGACUCCUCAGACUUGCAAGGCAGCAAGUGCUGUAUCUCAGGCUAGUGAUGUAUGCAGGAUCAGGCUGUGGCCUGCCCCUUGUGGUCCUACGAGCCAGCAGGGCCAAUGAAAGUUCAGUCUGGGCUGUUCAGCCUGAUUUGUGAUCUGACAAGAAGAGAAAGCCCAGUAAAAGGAACCAGCUUGGUUGAGUCCUAUGGGGAGAUGGCAAGAAGCUUUGCUGGUCUUGGGACUAGGCCAUCUCAGGACUAGUGACGGCAAUAGGUCAUCCCUUAGGGAUCUUCACCCACCCUCCCUUGUGAUCAGACCUUUUCAGGCCCAGGCAUGCCCUUCCCACAGAAAAGGAGAUUUCUGUAUUAUACAUAGGGAGGAGGGCCCCUGCCUUGGCAGAGAGGAGACAAAGGGGAACUGUAGAACAUCUCAGAAAUGUCAGUAAAUAAGUCAGAAAAAAAUGUGA